AUAUCUACUCCCUAAAUAAACGGUGUAAAGGUAGAUCUAUAUUUCUACCACAAAAGUUGGGAACGAAAAAGAAACGUUUCAACAAUGGCAUCAGCUCUAGAAUCCUACGUGAACAAAACAGUUUCUAUUGUGACAGCUGACGGGAGAAUUAUUGUUGGAAUGUUGAAAGGUUUUGAUCAAACAAUAAAUCUUAUUCUGGAUGAAAGCCAUGAGCGUGUCUAUAGCAACAGUGAAGGUGUGGAGCAAGUUAUACUCGGAUUGUACAUUGUCAGGGGAGAUAAUGUAGCUGUUAUUGGUGAAGUUGAUGAUGAAACUGACAGAUCACUGGAUUUCACAAGUAUACGGGCAGAGCCCCUCAGUUCUGUUACACACUGAUACGUUCAGGCUGUAGGAUGCACAUAUAUUCUGUUGUAAAUAAGGAUAUGUACAUAGAGCAAUGGAUGAGCGUGUUUUAACUGUACAUACUUUACAGCUGUAUAAAGACCAAGACAGAUACAUGAUCUCAGUUUUGUGAAAGACAUCUAGGGGAGCCUGUAUUCAUCAAGGAGCUGUGUAUUGGUGUAUUCAUGCUGCUGAUGUUGCAGGAAUUACCUCCUUUAGAUUGAAGAAAGAAUGCUUUCAUUCAUCGUCUGGCACAGAAUUACCUCCCUUAGAUUGAAGAAAGAAUGCUUUCAUUCAUCGUCUGGCACAGAAAAUUUUUGACAUUUCAUUGUUUUGGGUUCAUCAUCUUUGUUGCAGUACUUUCUACAGAUUUUCCUUCCACUUACAAUGUCAAAAAAUGAAAUUAGAUUCAUUUAAGGAAUUGUAUUGAAUAAAUGUAAUAUCUCCGUGAAAAUUUCAUACAUACAGAUGUAUUGUGAGCAUCACUGUUAAAGUGUUCAGAAGAUUUUGGAAAUUUUGUUUUUUGAUGAUCAGUUUAUUCAUGUUGCAGUGUACAUCUGACUAUACCAUUUCGCAAGCUGUUUUACAAGUUCUGUAAAUAUAUCAUCUUUUACAUUGAAAA